UUAAAAACGGACAACGACAAGGGCGAUUUCCCCGCGUGUAACACAGGAGCGUAAGAGCGGCGUCUCCAGCAGCACUGGGAGAUCCCUACGCUAGGAAACUGACUCUCUUCCCCCCCAUCUAGACCCCCCAUAAAUACACCCCCCCUCCCCGACAGCCACUCAACUACAGAGCGGCUUGCCUCCGCACUAGCCUGCGGACAGGGACACAGGCUCCAGGGAACUUCUCUCCCGCGUCCAGUCCCACCUCCUGCUGAAGCCCCUAGCUACUCCUGCCUGCCUCCUCCGCAACAUCUGGUUACCCCCGCGUCUGCCUCACCCCCAAGCCCCCCUAGUUAUCCCUGCCGGCCCCCUCCGCAACACCUGGCUACCCCAGCGUCUGCCUCAUCCCCGAGCCCCCCUAGCUACGCCUGCCUGCCCCCUCCGUAACAUCUGGCUACUGCAGCGUCUGCCUGGUUCCCGAGCUCCCCUAGCUACUUCGCCUGCCGCCUCUGCAACAUCUAGACACCGCCAGCCUUUGCCUCGUCCCCUAGCUGCCCCUGCCUGCUCCCUCUGCAACAUCUGGCUCCCACUAUCCUCACUGCCCGUGCUUCUGGCUAGGACUCCCAGCCCCCGGGUACCGCUGCCUGCUCCCUGUGGAACAUCUGGCUGCCGCGGCCGCUCCUCUCCAGGCCGCCCCCGCGCUAACAUCUGGCCGCUGCUGUGCCGCCGCAGGGGGCCGCUCUCCUCCUCGGCAGGCGGGGUAGGCAAGGGCUGCGGCGCUGCUCUCCGAGGAGGCCGAGGGAGCCGCGGAAGCAGAGGCCGCCCGAUGGUGCUGCAGGGCGGCCCAGGGGGGGCUGGGCGGCGUCGGCUGCUGCCCCGGAGCCUGGCUGCCCUGCUCCUGCUCCUGGCUCUGGGGCACACCUGGACCUACCGGGAGGAGCCCGAGGAGCGCGACAGGGAGGUUUGUUCCGAGAACAAGAUCGCCACCAGCCGGUACCCGUGCCUGAAACCCAGCGGCGAGCUGGCCACCUGCUUCAGGAAAAAAUGCUGUAAGGGUUAUAAAUUUGUUCUUGGACAAUGCAUCCCCGAAGACUACGAUGUGUGUGCAGAAGCUCCAUGUGAACAGCAAUGCACAGAUAACUUUGGACGUGUCCUUUGUACAUGUUAUCCUGGAUACCGGUAUGACCGGGAGAGACACAAGAACAGAGAGAAACCCUACUGCCUAGAUAUCGAUGAGUGCGCCUCAAGCAAUGAGACUCUCUGCUCUCAAAUCUGUGUCAACACCAUGGGCAGUUACAGAUGCGAAUGUCAUGAAGGCUAUAUCCGGGAAGAUGAUGGGAGGACUUGUACCAAAGGAGACAAAGCCGGGCUUUCUGAGAAGGCUGACAACGUGUUGAAAGCAGGAACCUGUUGUGCCUCUUGUAAGGAAUUUCACCAGAUAAAGCAGACGGUUUUACAACUAAAGCAAAAGAUUGCUUUGCUACCAAACAAUGCUGCUGACCUUAGCAAACAAAUCACUGGUGAAAAGGUACUUGCAUCUAAUGCCUAUAUACCAGGUCCCCCCGGGCAACCAGGACACCAAGGCCCUCCAGGGGCCCCGGGACCAAAAGGAAGUCCAGGAUUUCCUGGCUCACCUGGACCUCCAGGCCAACCAGGUCCUAGAGGAUCAAUGGGACCCAUUGGACCAUCGCCUGACAUAUCACAUAUUAAGCAGGGCAGACGGGGCCCAGUGGGUCCACCGGGGGCACCAGGGAGAGAUGGUACCAAGGGGGAGAGAGGAGCACCAGGACCAAAAGGGCCACCUGGCCCACCAGGCUCAUUCGAUUUUCUGUUGCUGAUGAUGGCAGACAUCAGAAAUGAUAUUGCUGAACUUCAGGAGCGAGUGUUUGGACACAGGACUCACUCAUCAGCAGAGGAGUUUCCAUUACCUCAGGAAUUUACAAACUAUCAUGACACAGUAGACUUUGGAUCUGGAGAGGACUAUAAGCAAAGAAUUGCACCCAAAGACUCUAGGAUGCACAAAACAGCCCAUCAUUAGCUAGGUUUAUAGCAAGGAGAGAUGUUCAGAGUUGUACAGUAUAAAAAUGCACUGAUGAUGUAAAAUAUAUAUAUAAUUUUCCAGUUUUCUCUUUUCUUGUCCCCAUGUCCUUUAGCUUUCUCUAUUUACAGGGACAUCUACUAGUGGUGGUUACAUACAUUCCAGCCUGUGUCAGUUUUUGUGCUUUGUGUAUGUAGACAUUAUUGUAAUGGAAAUUAGUUGGCUAAGCGUUAGUCCGAAGUGUCAUACAAUGAGGUCUGAGGUAAACCUGGGAGAUGCGUGUGUCCUAAAACUACUCCUGCUUGUCCCUUAAAAAUACCCCACUGCUCAUCCAGUGUAGGCAGUCAGAUCUAUUCAGCAACAGAUUGCUGGCUGUGCAAUGAGAGAAUAUGGUCUAUACGUGAUAUGGGGGUGGGCAAGGGAGCAGGAAACUUACUAAGAGGAAGAACUGGUGUGAAUGAGACAAGUUUGCUGAUUCACACAGAUAAAAUCAACUAACCCUCAUGGUGGCAAACUGACUGUCAGGUUCAGUUAUAGGAAAGGAGUGUCAAUAUACAUUGUAGAUGACUAGGGGUACACUAACUGAUUCUGAUCUCACUCACACCUGUGAAAGUCAUCCCACUGAAUUCAAUGGUGAUACACUGAUGUACAUGAAAUCAGAAUGAGGCCUAAUGUUUGCAAAAGAAUUUUCAUCCAAUUUGUUUCUACAGAUUGUAGCACAAGCAUCGGCUGUAUGAGUUGAAGGUAACUGGUGUUCUGCUAAGUGUACUAUGUCACAAGAAUCUUUCACUCAGUAUAUAAUGAAGAAGAGUGGUUAAAGGAGUACAUAUGACCAAACACUGUAGCUGGUGCUUGGGAUGGCAUGGGUGAACUCUGGAGAAAGUCACAUCGCUGCCCUGGGGCCAGAGAGAAAAUUGUUGUUUGAAAGCAGGAUUGAAGAAUUCAUAGGGAACCCAUUCCUCACACCUUUCCAUACUGAAAAGUUGGAUCAACAGGUUAGUGUACCCAGAGUCAUCUACAAUGUAUAUUACCACUCCUGGCAGAUUACUGAACCUGGCAGUCACUUUGCCACCAUUAUAAUCUAAACAGUUUUUCCAGUGUAUUAAGCACAAACAUUUUAUUGCAUGGCUCCUCUUACUACAGUACUUGUAGUGUUAAGAAGACAGCUUUCCUGUGACAAAUGCAAAAGAAAACCCCUCAUUGCUCCACUUCAUCUUCAGGGCUUGUAUGUUCUUCCUAGAGCAAGUAUGGACAGUGAUAUAAGCGGCACCUUUCCAAGAUGCGUGGGUUGGUUGGGGGUUUUGGGGGGUGGGUCCCCUUUCAUGUCUCCCUUCCUGAGGGCAACUACUAUAAUUCCUAUACCAGUAGUACUGUCCACAUUGGCUACACUGCCAUUAAAAUCCAUGGCUGGUCCAUGCCAGCUGACUUGGGCUCGCAGGGCUCAGGCUAAGGGGCAUUUUAAUUGCAGAGUAGAUAUUCAGGCUCAGGCUGGCGCCUGGGCUCUGGGAUCCUGCUUGGUGAGAGUGUCCCAGAGCUCAAGCUGCACCCUGAGCCCAAAUGUCUACACCACAGUUAGCCCGAGUCAGCUGUCAUGGGCCAGUCGCAGGUGUCUAAUUGCAGGAUAGACAUGCCCAUAUUAUAUUAACCAUGUAAUUCAUAGAUUCUAGGACUGGAAGGGACCUCGAGAGGUCAUCGAGUCCAGUCCCCUGCCCGCAUGGCAGGACCAAAUACUGUCUAGACCAUUCAAACUCUUAAUAUUAGCCCCGCAGUGUGUCAGCAGAGGAGCCAGGAAUCUCAGGAAAUCUUGAAAUUUGUGAAAUUUGCAAAUUUUCUUUGGGGGACUUGUCAGUUCCUCAGAUACCUUUUCAAUUCCGUCCUAUGGGUAUAUUUCUGCAGAUCAUAUGGAAUAAGUUUUUUCUUCAUUCCUGUUUUCUUGAGUAUUAAAAAGAACUGACUACAUAAUAGGUAAAGAUUAGGCUAAUUACAGUAGCCCAUGGAUCUUCAAUGCUCUGAAGAGUUCUGUGAGCUGCAGAUUGAAAUAUUUUGAGAACCAAGCAAUGGCGGUUGGGGUUCUGGGAAAGAAGGUGUGUCCAGAAGUGGAAUAAUCUUUGAGUCAUCAGAAUAGAAGACGUAAACCAGCAUUAGAUGUAGGGUGACCGGACAGCAAAUGUGAAAAAUCGGGACAGGGGGUGGGGGGUAAGAGGAGCCUAUAUAAGAAAGACCCAAAAAUCGGGACUGUCCCUAUAAAAUCAGGACAUCUGGUCACCCUCGUUAGAUGGUCUUAUAUGGCCCACUUAGGGCUUCUGUCCACUUACCGGGGAAUCGGCGCGCGGUGAUCGAUCCAUCGGGUGUCGAUUUACUGGAUCUAGUGAAAACCCAUUAAAUCGACUGCCAAUCACUCUCCGUCGACUCUGGUACUCCACUGGAACAAAAAGCAUAAGGUAAGUCGACGGGAGAGUUUCUCCUGUCGACCCAGCGCGGUGUAGACACCGCAGUACGUUGACCUAAGGUACCUUAUUCACGUAGCUGGUGUUGUGUAAUUUAGGUCGACUUAGCCCUAUAUUGUAGACCUGCCCUUAGUUAAUUUCAUGUAGGCAACUAUGUAUAUGUCACUUUCUUAAACUAUAUAUGUACCCAUACAUACAAUUAUGUCAUGCACUUAACCUGCUGGAUCAGGUUGAUAUUCUCCAUACAUUAAUAACCUGCAGGGUUUUUGGAACACAAACUACUGAACAGGAUGUUUUGGAAAUCAAUCAAGAUUUUUUCCCCCCAAAGAAAAUGUGAUCUAAAAUAAGGCAUCUGUUUUAGUUUUAAGCUUUGCUUUUUCAGUUGUAGGAAAACAACAAAUUCAAGCUUCUGGACACCCAAAGGGCAUCUGUCCCUGGUGUACAGCAGUACCCAUGAGAGGAGAACUCUGACCCUGAAUCAGGAAGUUGCUUAAGCACAUGCCUAACUUUAAGUGGGCAAAUAGUCCCAUUGACAUCUAUGGGGAUUACUAAACACAUGUUUAAGUACCUUCCUGAAUCUGAGCUUUAGUGAGGUUCCCCUUGUGGAAUUUCCAUCAUGUCACUCCAUUGGUUGGGCACAAGGUUUUCUGCAGGCCCUUGUCCCCAGUGGAACAGGCAUGGGGAUGAGCCCCCACAACCUGUGUAUAGGGCUCUGCCAGGGGCCAAGGCCAUCCAUGCCUCUCCCACUCAUAGAAUCAUAGAAGAUUAGAGUUGGAAGAGACCUCAGUAGGUCAUCUAGUCCAACCCCCUGCUCAAAGCAAGACCAAGCCCAACUAAAUCAUCCCAGCCAGGGCUUUGUCAAGCUGGGCCUUGAAAACCUUGAAGGAUGGAGAUUCCACCACCUCCCUAGGUAACCCAUUCCAAUGCUUCACCACCCUCCUAGUGAAAUAGUGUUUCCCAAUAUCCAACCUAGACCUCCCCCACUGUAACUUGAGACCAUUGCUCCUUGUUCUCUCAUCUGCCACCACUGAGAACAGCCUAGCUCCAUCCUCUCUGGAACUCCCCUUUAGGUAGUUGAAGGCUGCUAUCAAAUCCUCCCUCACUCCUCUCUUCUCCAGACUAAAUAAAUCCAGUUCCCUCAGUCUCUCCUCAUCAGUCAUGUGCCCCAGUCCCCUAAUCAUUUUUGUUGCCCUCUGCUGGACUCUCUCCAAUUUGUCCACAUCCUUUCUGUAGUGGGGGGCCCAAAACUGGAUGCAGUACUCCAGAUGUGACCUCACCAGUGCUGAAUAGAGGGGAAUAAUUACUUCCCUCGAUCUGCUGGCAAUGCUCCUACUAAUGCAGCCCAAUAUGCUGUUAGCCUUCUUGGCAACAAGGGCACACUGUUGACUCAUAUCCAUCUUCUCGUCCACUGUAAUCCCCAGGUCCUUUACUGCAGAACUGCCACUUAGCCAGUCGGCCCCCAGCCUGUAGCAGUGCAUGAAUUCUUCAAUCCUAAGUGCAGGACUCUGCACUUGUCCUCGUUGAACCUCAUCAUAUUUCUUUUGGCCCAAUCCUCCAAUUUGUCUAGGUCACUCUGGACCCUAUCCCUACCCUCCAGCGUAUCUACCUCUCUCUAUAGCUUAGUGUCAUCUGCGAACUUGCUGAGGGCGCAAUCCAUCCCAUCAUCCAGAUCAUUAAUGAAGAUGUUGAACAAAACCGUCCCCAGGACCGACCCCUGGGGCACUCUGCUUGAUACCGGCUGCCAACUAGACAUCAAGCCAUUGAUCAAUACCUGUUGAGCCCGACGAUCUAGCCAGUUUUCUAUCCACAUCAUCUGUGGCAGUCCAGUUCUGGGGAAGCAGUGCUGAAUGGGCUUCCCUAUUUGGCCACUCUUCUUGGAGCAUCCUUAAAAGGAGGGUAACCAUGGAAAAUGUUAUGCGGCCUAAGGUGUUACUUCUUGAGCAAACGCCCAGUAGGUUUCUGGGGUAGGAGAUUUAAUUGACCAGUACUUCUGGUCUCAUGUUGGGCUUUCUUCUCUUCCCCCUGAUCCCCCCAUGGAUUCCCAACUCCCGAGCGUGCCUUGGUUGGGUCCCAGGGACUUGGGGAUGGUGCUGUUGAGCAAGGUCUGCCAUUUUCACAUUGCAGGCGGAGUUCCUCUGGCAGGGGGACCUCUUCUGGGAUGAUCUAGCCCUAGGUGUGCUUACAGAGCAGAUAUCUUUUGGGUGGACCUUUCUUCUUAUAUUUUCAGUUAACCAUAUGAUAUUUUUCACAAUAAAGGAGUUAUAGCAGAAACUGUUCAGUUUAAGAUUCUGAGAGAGAGACUUAUAUACAUGUACACACACACAAAUCCUCAGAUUAAAAGGUAAGGAAUUAGGUAUUUUCUGUGACCUACCUGAAGCAUUGAAAAUCCAGAUAAGAUAAAUAGAUUCCAGAUUCAAGAUGAGGUUUUUUUAAAUUGUAAAUUACUUACUCCUUUAUAAUUCUUAAAAUAACAAAAAAAACAACACAAAACAAAACAACAACAAAAAACAAGAUCCCAACAUAUGGAUACAGUAACAGCCAACCUUCUGGCUAGUUUCAUUACUUAGUCUCAUGCACAUGACAACUUUGUUUCAUCUAGCUAAAUACCAUGUAUAAUUUUAUUAGAAAGAAAUAUUAUUUUGAUGAAUUAAAAAUGUGCUACAUUUAAAAGAGAAGGAUACUAAGGUAAAAAGUUCAUUCUUUUAUUAAUAUUUGAAAUAAAUAUUUAAUUGAAACAUUUUCAGAUGUGUAGUAAUGGGCAGAAUUCUUAUUGUUAAUGAGUUGGUAUUAGUUUUUAACAAAAUUAGAUCAACAAAGCUGGAAGAAAUUUUUGACUCUCCCAACAGUGUACAAAGUUAAUAUGAGAUUAGCCAUUCUUGUAAAGCUGGAAUAGUAAAGCAAAAAGUAUGGCCUGAAAAUUUCCAGUGUAGUCAUGGUAAAUCAGAAAACCAGGAAAAAAAAAAAGGAAAUUGAAGUGACAUUCAAGUAAUAGCUUAAAGAUAUCCCAUCUCCUAGAACUAGAAGGGACCUUGAAAGGUCAUUGAGUCCAGUCCCCUGCCUUCACUAGCAGGACCAAGUACUGAUUUUGCCCCAGAUCCCUAAGUGGCCCCCUCAAGGAUUGAACUUACAAUCCUGGGUAUAGCAAGCCAAUGCUCAAACCACUGAGCUAGCCCUCCCCCAUUGUUGGUAUCACACUGUAAAAGAGUCUCUAAUCAAGUCACUUCCUGGUUGUAUUUCAUAGUUAAUAAAUUAGAAUCCCACUGACGUCAAUGGAAGAUGAGAAUUGAAUUUGUCCAUGAAUUUGUUUUUAAUUUGCCAAGACUCACAACUUUGUUCCAGUUACACAUUUUGUACACCGCUCAUGUUAUUUAUAAUAAGUAUAUGAAAUACUAAAAUGUGUA